AUGGGCUACAACAUCGCUAUGGUCACGGACUUCUUCUACCCCCAAUCUGGUGGGGUAGAGUUCCACGUCCACCAUCUCUCCCAAAAACUAAUUGAUCUUGGCCACAACGUCAUCAUUAUCACCCAUGACUACGGCUCCCGCAAUGGCGUGCGGACACUCACCAAUGGGCUCAAGGUGUACUACAUCCCAUACGUUGCGGUUUUCCGAAGCUCGACCUUUCCGUCGUUAUUUCUGGCCCUACCAAUCUUGCGGAACAUCUACCUUCGAGAACAGAUCAACAUCGUGCACGGACAUGGGUCGUAUUCCAACAUCUGCCACGAAGCCAUACUUCAUGCCAGAACAAUGGGACUCAAGACAGUGUUCACAGACCACUCGCUCUUCGGGUUUGCGGGCCUAUUGACGAUUAUUGGCAAUAAGAUCUUGAAGUUCACCUUGAGUGACACCAACCACAUCAUCUGCGUGUCGCACACAUGCAAAGAAAACACCGUCUUGAGGGCCACGAUCGAUCCGUCCAAUGUUCUGGUGAUCCCGAACGCAGUCAUUUCCAAGGAUUUCCGCCCCCUCGAUAAGCCCAAGUCGUUGAAACCAAAAAAGAACAUCACCAUUGUGGUCAUAUCCAGAUUGUUCCCUAACAAAGGAGCCGAUCUUUUGACGGCCGUCAUCCCUCGGAUUUGCAUGCUGAACCCCGACGUCAAUUUCCUUGUGGCUGGUGACGGCCCCAAGUUUCUCGAUCUAGAACAGAUGAGAGAAAAGUAUUUCUUACAGGAAAGAGUCACUCUCAUGGGAUCCGUCAGGCACGAAGAAGUGAGAGAUGUCAUGGUGAAGGGAGAUAUUUAUUUACAUCCUUCGGUCACGGAAGCGUUUGGUACCGUCAUCGUUGAGGCUGCGUCGUGUGGCUUGUAUGUCGUUACCACUCGAGUCGGGGGCAUCCCAGAAGUCUUGCCUGGACAUAUGACCACCUUUGCCGAACCGGAGGAAGAGUCGUUGGUGGAGGCUGCAAAUAAAGCUAUAAAAUUGAUGGAAUCCGGAAAAAUAGAUACUUCGAGCUUCCAUGACGAAGUUGCCAAAAUGUACAGCUGGGAGGAUGUGGCCAAACGCACAGAAAACGUCUACAACUCCUUAUAUUCAGAGAAGCCCGAUGAAUCGCUAAUUACUAGGAUUCAGAAGUACUAUUGUUGCGGUUUGGUAGCUGGUAAGUUUUUUGUUUUGUGUGUGAUCAUUGAUAUAUUCAUAUUGAAGAUUUUGGAUUUCAUCCACCCAGCAGCAAAUAUCGAUUUGGCAACUAAAUGGCCAAAGAACCCCAAAUUAAAGAAAGAAAAAUUGGAGGACAUUCAAAUUGAGGUUCCUUCCGGAAGAGAGGGCUGA